CUAUUGCACGAAUGUGAUGGCAUUUGCUACGUGGAAUUGUCCUACUCUACUAAAGACGGGUUGUAAACAUUGCAAUCCUACUAUAAGAAAUAACAAUACCAACAGACUUUUGAGAGUUAUUUGGAUAUCCAGGUUCCAAUCUGUCAACGGUUAUCUCCAGAAAAUGGUGGUAAAAAGUGAAAGGGCAACGGGUCAAAGUUUUCAAGAAGUAGUGAUUGGAAACGGACGCAUUGGAAGCUUGCUUGCACGUGCUCCAGGUAUGAAAGAACCUGUUGUGGUAACAAGGGGAGAAAGUAUACCAGCAGAUGGUUAUGGACCUAUUUAUGUUUGUACGAGGAACGAUGACCUGGAUAGCAUAGUGGCAAGAACCCCAUCAGAUAGAAGACCAGACCUCGUCUUCAUUCAGAAUGGAAUGAUUCAAACUUUUUUGGAGGAGAGAAACAUUCAAAAUAAUACUCAAGCUCUAAUAUAUUUUGCCGUAGCCAGUAAGGGAGAUUCUCCAGUGGAUGGUGGUGGUACAGUCGUUUAUGGAAAGUGGGCAGAAGCUUUUGCUCAACGAGUUUGUUCGUUGGGUUGUAAAUGUUCAGUUGUUGAAGAUAAAACUGAAUUUAUCAAAAAAAUGGUCGAGAAGCUAUUAUGGAUUUGUGUUAUGGGACCCCUUUGUGCCACGUCUCAUUUUACUUGUGGACAAGUAGUAGCUAACGAAACCUGCUUGCGUGACUUGGAAGAUUUGGUCAACGAAUUGAAGCCAAUUGCGGAGGAGGUUUUACGUAUAAAAUUAGAUGAUGGAGUUGUUUCACGUAUCGUGGAGUAUAGCAACAAAGUGUCAGAUUAUCGAGCAGGAGUGAAAGAAAUUGCUUGGAGAAAUGGUUGGUUUUUGGAAAGAAAGAAAACUCCUUUGCAUGUUUCUUAUAUGAAAAACUUUAUCGGUUGAAACGACCAAUAAAAGAAGUAUAAACCUU